CACACUGAAAUAUCACGAACGAAUGAAGGAAAACCAAAUGAAGGAUGAAAUAACCGAGAGAGAGAGAGAGAGAGAGAGAGAGAGAGAGAGAGAGAGAGAGAGAGAGAGCGGAAAGAGUUUUGCAGGACAGACUUUUACCCACAAGAAGAUGGAAAUAAGUUGUCCGAGAAGACGCUCGAAGAAUCUGUGAAAUGAGCCGAAAUCACAUCUGAAGUCUUGGGACCACUUGUCCUGCUGAAUGUCUAGGCAGGAGACAUCCAACAGUUCCCACUUUCUGGUCCAAGUCAAAGGGACAAGAGGGUUUUCUCUCCAGCCACAAUGAGUGAUAUUGUCAUUGUGAAGGAGGGAUGGCUACAUAAGAGAGGAGAAUACAUAAAAACAUGGAGACCAAGAUAUUUCUUACUCAAGAGUGAUGGAACAUUUAUUGGGUACAAAGAGCGGCCACAAGAUGUUGACCAGUUGGAAACUCCACUCAAUAACUUUUCAGUGGCCCAAUGUCAGCUGAUGAAGACAGAGCGACCAAAGGCAAACACUUUUAUUAUUCGGUGCCUGCAGUGGACUACUGUUAUUGAACGCACAUUUCAUGUUGAGACGCCAGAGGAAAGGGAGGAGUGGACGAAGACCAUCCAGGCUGUGGCAGAUAGUCUACAGAAGCAGGAGGAAGAUAGAAUGGACUCUUCACCCGACCCUAUGGACAUGGAGAUGUACCUGUCCAAACCUCGACUCAAAGUGACAAUGCAUGACUUUGAAUACCUCAAACUCUUGGGGAAAGGAACUUUUGGAAAGGUCAUACUGGUGAAGGAGAAAGCCACGGGAAAAUACUAUGCCAUGAAAAUUCUUAAAAAGGAGGUGAUAGUAGCAAAAGAUGAGGUAGCACACACACUUACUGAAAACCGGGUCCUCCAGAACUCCAAACACCCUUUUUUAACAGGUCUGAAGUAUUCUUUCCAGACUCAUGACCGAUUAUGUUUUGUUAUGGAGUAUGCAAAUGGUGGAGAGCUUUUCUUUCAUUUAUCGCGAGAUCGCGUUUUUUCGGAAGAGAGAGCACAGUUUUAUGGAGCAGAGAUUGUCUCAGCCCUGGAUUACCUUCAUUCUGAGAAAAACGUUGUUUAUAGAGACUUAAAGUUGGAGAACUUGAUGCUGGAUAAAGAUGGCCACAUAAAGAUCACUGAUUUUGGCCUGUGCAAGGAGGGAAUUACAGAGGGAGCAACAAUGAAGACAUUCUGCGGUACACCAGAGUAUCUGGCUCCAGAGGUUCUUGAAGACAAUGAUUAUGGCCGGGCGGUGGACUGGUGGGGGUUGGGUGUAGUCAUGUACGAGAUGAUGUGCGGCCGGCUGCCCUUCUACAACCAGGAUCAUGAGAAACUCUUUGAAUUGAUCCUCAUGGGUGAGAUCCGUUUUCCUCGUACACUUGGACCUGAGGCAAAAUCUUUGCUGUCAGGACUGCUUCAGAAAGACCCAAAGCAGCGGUUAGGUGGAGGUCCAGAUGAUGCAAAAGAAGUCAUGCAGCAUAAGUUCUUUGCAGGCAUUGAGUGGCAAGAUGUUUAUGAGAAGAAGCUUGUACCACCCUUUAAGCCCCAGGUAACCUCAGAAACAGACACUCGCUAUUUUGAUGUGGAGUUUACAGGGCAGACCAUCACUAUCACACCCCCAGGCCAAGGUGAUGCCCCUUUCUUACAGUACAUGUUAAAAACGCUCACUUAACAGAUAUUUGAAUAA